AUGAGGCUUGGCAGCGUGAAGAUGUUUUGGGUGCCUCAGCCACCUCUUAAUCCAUCCCUCUUAACCUCUCGACCCAUCUAUAGUUCUCUCGGCACAGAGCCAUACUGUCUAAAACUUGGUGUUGAAACGUUUCGCAAGGUCGUCACUGCUGGAAACACACCCCACCAGCGACAUGAGGGAGACGACUGCUUCAAGCCUCAAGUGGUGAGCCACUUCACUGUUCCGGACGGAAAGUCUGAAUACCGCCAUUAA